UUGAGGUUUUUCACUCUCUAUAUUUAUUUUCUCGUGAAGAUAGCGUUCUUUCGAGGAAUCCAAUAUGGCCGUCGCUAAUCUACAGUUUGUGUCAAGCAGCUUCCUCCUACCGAAUAAUAGGUUGAGCUCCUUCUACACUCAUGGCGUUUCAAUUUUCCAAAAGCCCGUUAUUGGCAUGGACGUGGGAUGCGCAGGGGCGAGAAAAAGCAGUGUUUUUUAUGCAAAAAGGUCGAAAAUUGGGAUUAUUAAUGCUUUGCCCGACGGAGAGGUUGAAGCCCCUUCGUCCAGUAGCCAAUUUUUCGAGAAAGAGUUCAAAUUUACUCCCACAUUUGAUGAAUAUGUCAGAGUUUUGGAGUCCGUUAGAACUGACCGGAGUAGGAUUUCGAGUGAUGAAGGGGGUUUGCCCGGCUUGAAGAAAAUAUCUGCUCGCAGGCAUGCAUCGACGGCAGAGAGUGCUGUAGAAAAGAGGAAUUUGUCCAUAUCAAAGAAGAAAUUGAGCAAAGGAAAGUUUUAUACUGAAGAGAAAGUCAGAUAUUCGAAAGAUGCCGGAGAAAAUGCACCCAGUUUGAAGGGUGGCGUUUCUGAGAAGAGUGGUUCUACAUGGACUCUGGUUGAAGAGAUUUCGGAGAAGAAAGUCAAGGAGAAAAUUGUUGAGGGACAGAAAGUUGGUUUAGAACGCAGAAGCAAAAAUUUUAAUAACGGAAGAAAUGUAUUGCAUAAGAAAACCAAGGAUAAUAGUAAAGUUGUUCAAGAUGGGAUUUUUGAGAACAAGAGUAAGAGUCAAAGGGGACACGAAGAAUCACAAAAACUUCAUCGUAAUUUUAGAGGUGCCGAGGAGUUAGAGAAUUCUAUGGCCGUAAAGAAUGAAUUUGGGCGUGUUGACAGCAGAAGGCUCCAAAUCACCGCCUACAGAGCUGGCGAGGAUUUGAAUGGUCAAAUAUAUGAUGUGCAUAAGAAUACCAAUGAUGCUGAAGAAGUUUUUGUCGAUGAAAUGUUGGAGAACAAGAGAAUGAAUGAGCGGAAGCUGAAAGAAACAAAAGUGUAUAGGAAAGAGUUAAAAAGUUCAGAGGAGUUCAAGAAUACUAUUUCUUCGAGGGAUGAAUUGGGUUGCAGAGACUAUGGAAAGCCCCUUGAUUUCAGAAGAUUUAACACAAGUGAUAAACCUAGUAGAGGCAAAGUGGAGGCUUUUGGGAUGGGGGGAAAUCAACAUUUCCAAGCUAUAGAUUCACAAGAACGUGGCUCAGCAAAGGAACUUUACCAUAAAGGCAGCAUUAGGAGAAGUGCCAAGUUUCUUAGUGAUAUAAUUGAAGCAGGAAAGCCCAACAGAAGGGCUCCUGUGUCAUCAGGGAGAUCAGGCAGAACUGAUGUCGCUUAUCCUGAUGUUUCUGAGGGAGAGGUUGGUGGUGUUACGCUGGAGAAUAGAGCCGCUUUCCGGACAUUUGAGGUAUUUACAGAUGUGAGGAACAGGCCACGAGUAUUGAGAAUGGAAAUGGAAGAAAGAAUCCGGAAUUUAGCAAAGUGGUUGAAUGCUAGUGAUUUAAACAUGCCAGAGUGGCAAUUUUCAAAGAUGAUUCACAGCACCAAGAUAAAAUUUUCGGAGCACUCCAUCUUGAGGAUUGUCCAAAUAUUGGGUUCAUUCAGAAACUGGAGACGGGUAUUACAAGUUAUUGAAUGGUUCCAUUCACGUGAACGUUUCAAGUACUAUAAGAGCAGAUACAUUUAUACAACUGCCCUCGAUGUACUUGGAAAGGCCAGGAGACCGAUGGAGGCGCUGAACAUAUUUUAUGCCAUGCGGAGAAAAUUAUCUUCCUAUCCUGACCUUGCAGCAUAUCAUUGUAUAGCCGUUACUCUGGGUCAAGCUGGCCUCAUGAAAGAAUUGUUUGAUGUCAUCGAUUGCAUGAGAGCAGUACCUGAGAAGAAGUUUGACUUGGGUCCCCUACAAAACUGGGAUCCACGUCUCGAACCAGAUCUUGUUGUGUACAAUGCGGUAUUAAAUGCUUGCGUUCAGCAGAGGCAAUGGGAAGGGGCAUUUUGGGUUCUGCAAGAAUUAAAAGUGCGGGGUAUUAGGCCUUCAAGUACAACUUAUGGGCUCAUCAUGGAAGUGAUGCUUGCAUGUGGCAAAUACAACUUGGUUCACGAGUUCUUUAGGAAAUUGCAGAAGAACUCCAUUCCUGGUGCUUUGAAUUACAAAGUUCUUGUGAAUACUUUUUGGAGAGAAGGCAAUGCCGAUGAGGCUGUACAGGCCGUAAAAGAUAUGGAAAGACGUGGAAUAGUUGGCUCUGCUAGUCUGUAUUAUGACCUCGCUCGCUGUCUCUGCAGUGCAGGAAGAUGUGACGAAGCUCUUCAUCAGAUUAAAAAAAUAUCCAAGGUUGCAAAGAAGCCGUUGGUGGUGACAUACACUGGUCUUAUUCAAGCUUGCGUUGAGUCGGGAAGUAUUGAAAAUGCUACAUAUAUUUUCAACCAAAUGAAUAGUUUCUGUUCACCAAAUGUGAUCACCUUCAACAUCAUGCUGAAAUCAUACAUACAGCACGGGAUGUUUGAAGAAGCGAAAAGUCUUUUUCAGAGAAUAUUGUCUGAUAGCCAUGAGAUUAAUGGAGAAGAUGAGUUCAGUCGAAAGGUUUUCCCUGAUAAAUUUACGUUCAACACGAUGAUGGAAGCGUGUGCUGCGGCAAGUAAGUGGGAUGAUUUUGAGGAUUUUUUUCGAGAGAUGAUUCGUCAUGGCUAUCACUUUGAUGAAAAACGACAUAUGCGUCUGGUAUUUGAUGCUUGGCGGGCUGGAAAGAAGAGCAUAUUGGAGAUCACAUGGGAACACUUAACCAUUAAUGGCCGCGUCCCGCCGCCUCCUAUCAUCAAAGAACUCUUCUCCAUGAAGCUGCAGGAAGACGACCCUGGAUCUGCUGUUUCGUUCAUCACCAUUCAUCAAGACAUGGAAACCGAAGCCUUCUCUGAGAAAUCAUGGCUGAAUCUACUAGAGAAGAAUACUCAUCACAUCAAUAGCAGAACCUUAACGAAGCUGCUGCAUGAGCUGAGAGGGGUCAUCUCUGUAAGUGCUCGACCUCACCCUGUGCAUCAGAGUCUAUUGAAUGCUUGUAAAGAAUUUGGUUCCAGUUUUUACGGUGGAGGAAUUCAUUCUUUAUUGUAAUGCUGAAGAAUGCUGUAAAUGAAGUUGAUAUUAUUAUUGUUAUCUGAAAUUGCAUUGUUA